CCAGUCCCUGAGAGACGAUACCCGGAUUGCUGGUUUUACUACAAGAUAGGAAGUGGCAUUACGCUUUUGCCCUAUCAAGUUUUUGGCGCCGUUGCCGGGGACUGCCAUACCUUAUUUUUUGUUGAUUUUUGUGAGUGAACUAUUUUGAUCUGUGUGCUAGUGUGCAGGUGAAUUUCAGGUUAAUCCUUUUUGUGCAUGCCUAGGAGGACAACCAGGGAUUUAUUGCCACUAGACCUGGAGAUCGAGAAGACCUGUCGACUGAACAGGAAGCAGGUCAAGUUAGGGAAGCAGCAAACCACAACUCCUAGGCCUUCCCUAACCCAGAGAGGGCAGGCUUCAUCACCAGUCGUCCCUACACCACCACCACCACCUCGUGACAUUGAGCCAGUCAUCAUGGCAGACGAGGAUCGUUCGAUCAGGGCUCGUUUAAAUCGACGAACUGGAGCCCGGGCUUCAUGUGUUUUCAUUCCGGCUGGGGAUGCAACCAUGGAGAUUACCCCAGCAUUUAUCAACAUGAUCACCAAUGGGUAUACUUUCUCUGGGGCUAGCAAUGAGGAUCCUCACGAGCAUCUCCGCCGGUUCGCGAGUAUAUGUGAUACAAUGAAGAGCCCCACAGUAUCUGAUGAUGCAAUCCGUCUUCGGAUGUUUUCAUUUUCUCUGCUAGGGAAUGCAUCACACUGGUUCCAAAACUUAACACCCCAUUCCAUCACGACAUGGGGUCAGCUUGAGAAGGUAUUUCUGGAUAAAUACUUCCCACCUGCCUUGGCAAUGAAGAGGCAAGAAGAGAUUGUUACUUUUAAGCAGGCUGAUGAUGAGAGUCUGACCGAGGCAUGGGAGCGCUAUAAGGAGCUUCUAAUGAGAUGCCCGAGCCACGGUCUUGAAGAUUGGAAUGUGAUCUCCAUUUUCUUCAACGGAAUCAGAAGACAAUUUCGAGAUGCUCUGAAUAAUGCUUCCCGAAAUGGUUUCACAAGAAUGGAAGCACCAGAAGCAUAUGAACUGGUGGAGAAGAUAUGCUCUGAAGAUACUGAAUGGGGUAGUGAGACCGGCAUUCGAAGGAGAGGAGGCUUGCAUGAGAUAGACAGAGUUGCAAGCUUAGAAGCAAAGAUUGAUGCUAAGCUGGAUUCCAAGUUCGAUGCACUCGAACGAAGGCUGGCUAAGAUGGCUCUUGGUAGACAGGAGGAGGUUGCAUAUUGCGAAUUAUGUGAAGGUGCUCAUCAUAGGGAUCUAUGUCCACUGGUAGCUGAUCAGUUGGAAGAUGUGCACUAUAUCAACAAUCAGCAAAAUCAAGGCCAGGGUGGUAUGUAUUCAAAUACCUACAACCCGCAAUGGAGGAAGCAUCCUAACUUUUCCUGGGCAAACAACAACCCAACUGGUGCUCGCAACAUUCCACCUCCAGGCCUGCAGAAACAACAACCUCAACCAGAGAAGAAACCACAACUUGAAGAAUUGCUUCUGGCUCACAUGCAGAAAACCGACAAUAAUCUGAAGGGUCUUGAUCAAUUUGUCACUCAACAGCUAGCCAUCAACAAUAAUUUGCAAUCAUCUAUGCUAGCUAUGGAGAGGCAAAUAGGCCAGAUGGCUCAAACUUUGGCAGAUAUGCAAGGCAGGAUUCCUGGGACAUUACCAGCAAAUACUGAGAGGAAUCCGAAGGAUGCCAUGGUUGUAGCAGUGACAUUGAGGAGUGGAAAGGCCUUGGAAGACCCUAGCAGCUCGAAAAAGGCACCAGAGGCAGAAGAGGAAGCACCGGAAGAAAGAUCUUGUGCAGAAAAUGAAGAAUCAGCCUUGCACAGGCAAAAUGAAAGCGGUUUGCCUGUGCAAAAGCAUGCUGCCCGUGUACCUCAAAAAGUGGAAAAAUUGAAGAAUGAAGAGGUAAAGCCUUAUGAACCUCCGCACCAUUCCCUCAAAGGUUAAUGAAGCCCAUAGAAGACCCAAACUUCAAGAAAUUUGUGAAUAUCUUCAAGCAACUUCAGAUUAACAUACCCUUGGCGGAGGCACUUGAACAGAUGCCUGCAUAUGUGAUGCUCUAAAACACAACACCUAACAAUGGCCAAGUGUAACCAAUGAAAGGGACUGCAGUAUAGUGGCACAAGUAAUAAAUAUUGAAUCCACGGGUCUCUAGAGUUACUAUUACUCAGCUUCAGUUCAUUAUCUAGCAAACUAGAUUAAGAAUUUGAUUAACUAAACUACUCUACUAACUAAACUAAGUAAAAGUACUAAUUACAGUUUGGGAACUCACUUAGGUAUGAUUCCCCCUAGCUCCUCAAUUAGGUCCAAGUUGUAAUUCAUUUUGGUUGAUUUACUGUUGAUUAAACUGCGGAAGAUCCGACAGUAGCUUGGAAUCUCUUAAGCUGACCAAGCCCUCUCAGUCUAACUAUCCGGCAGACGACUAGUCUUCACCGGGAUAGAAAGCUGAAGCAAUAAGCACAGAACUCCACUACUGGAAUUGGAUUCCAGUACAAAGCAGUAAACUGGCUAACUCUCGUAUAGCCAAUCUCCUACUACCGAAUGAUGAGACUCUAGCAACCUAAUCAGAUUCUAUCUAUCUCAGAUUGCAGCAGGAAUCAGGAAAAGUUGAUCAGACUUCAAUUGACUCAAUAAACAUGCAUCAUUCGAUUAUAAUCAAACAACAAAGCAUCCAAAACUUCAUAUAAGCAAGCUCCUAACUCAUGGAACUAGGGUUCCUCAAAACCUAAGUGAAGGGAAGUUACUCCAUAGAGAAGAGAGAGACUGCAGAAAUCUGAUCUAGAUCUUCAAUCUCCAUCUCCAAGCUUGAUUCCCGAGCUUCAAUGGCGAAGAAAUCCUCCAAAAUAGCUCCAAGAAAGUUUCCAAGUCGCUCUCUCUCUCUAGGGUUCGUCCCUUGGGUGUUUGGGAUCCAAAACCCAGCUCUCCCUCUCCUUUGGCUCGAAUUUGGGUUAAAAACAGCCAUUCCCGACUCGCACGGCCAGGGUGCACGGCCGUGCACAUCACCAUUCUGGCUGUGCACCUCAAAACGCGGCGUAUCAAUUAGUUGAACCUCAGCCAACUCGCACGGCCAGAAUUGUAUGUUGCACGGCCGUGCGUGGCCACGCACAAUCCCGUGCGUGCCCACGCACAAUCCCGCACGGCCAAAAUGGUCACUUGCACGGCCGUGCGUGGCCACGCUGGUCUGCCCGUGUAGCUUGCUCAGCCUCUGUUUAAUGCUUCGUUUCUCCCUCGUCCGGACUCCGAAUCCAUCGCCGUUUGAUCCCAGACGCUCGUAGUCUCGUCCUCUUUCAUUUCAUAACAAGCUUGCAUGAUUCUUUGUCCAUAAAGUGAGGUAGAAAUCCAUUCUUCUUCAGGUCAUGCCCGAGUUUCUUCUCUUGAAUCGUCAAUUGAUCUCUGAUUGACUUGAAACUUGCGCCUAUGCUUCACUUUAUGUGCUAGGACCUGAAAUGGGACAAAGGAACACAACCUAGCAUAAAAUAGGCCAAAGACG